CAGAAAAUCCUGGGCGAAGCUGUGGAGAGGCUCCUGCUGAGGCUUCCCAGAUACUGCUUCCAAAAGGACCUGCUCGCCCAGAUAUCAGGGUAUCAGCUUCAUCUCCUUAUUUUGUGGAACCUCCUAGAAGUCAGUGAGCACCAGACAGCCCGUUCACAUGGUCCAGUCAGGCAAGAGAAAAUGGAUAUGAUUAAAAGGGACAAAAGUCAAAGGACAGUGGCUGUGAAUAUGGAUUCUGAAAGGCAGAAUAAAAUGAAUGAAGCCAAGCAGAAUUUGACUGAAGUGGCUCUACGUGUAGUUGACAAUGUCAUCAAAGCUGCUGCUCGGUCUGUGGAAGAGGCUGCAAACCCCAUCAGAAACAUCAAGUGGAUCACUCAUGGUGAAUUCACAGUGGAAGAAGGCCACAAACAAAUUGACCAGUUCGUUGCGACUUGGGAGUUUAACAACUACUGGGUGCACUACACAAAGUUUGUAGAGAAGAAAGAUUUAAUCCACUCCUUCCACUACAUCUACCAUGUAUACUGGAGUGUCCCAACUGCUCUGAGACCCGUAGCAAAAGUCAGUGCUUUGGCCUACUUCACCAUCAAGUUCAACAAAAGCAAACCUCCGGAUAUGCCUGUUGAUGUCUUGUAUUUCUUUGAGGGCAGUUCAUUAAUACACAGACCAGGAAUGAGUCAAUUUCGAGAACAAUGGCUGGAUGACAUUAUUGAGGCCAAACAUGUUUUACUGAAGAUGAUCCACUUUUAAUUCAAUUGUGUCUGAUUCUUACAGAAUGUUUGAGGAUUGUCUCACAAUCAGACUAUAUUAAAAAUAAAAUACCAUGUAUCAAGCCACAGAAUAUUUAUUGAAUAAACGUGUGGUAUACAAUCCAGCUGUUUUUUGGACAUUCAUUCAUUUUCCAUUCUGCAACUUCCAUCAUAUUAGCAGAAUAACAAGUAAGCUGUUUUCUAUUUUAUUUCAUAAAAUGUUAUUUAUCGGUGGCAGAGAGACAGAGACAGAGACAGAUACAGAGAUAGACCCAUCUCCCAUUUGCUAGUUCACUCCCCAAAUGCCCGUAACAGCCAGGGCUGGGCCAUGUUGAAGCCAGGAGCCUAGAAUUCAUUUGGGUCUCCCAUGUGGGUGGGAAGGACCCAAGUACUUUGGCUAUCACCUGCUGCCUCUCAGGGUGCACACACAGGAGGAAACUGGAUCAGAGGUAGAGGUGGGAUUUGAACCCAGGCACUCUGAUAUAGGAUGCCAGCAUUCCAAGCAGCAUCUUAACUGCUACAACAAAUACUCACCUUGGUUAUUUUCUAAUAUAUUUUUCCCAUCCCUAUAUUCAUCACUUCAGAUUCUUACAGAUAGAGAGGUGACUUUAGAGAGUUGCUAAAAUCCAUGUCAGAUCAAACUAACAUUUAUAUUUAUUUAUUUAAAGAUGUAUUUUAUUUAUUUGAAAGAGUUACAGAGAGAGGUAGAGCCAGAGAGAGAGAGAGAGAG